CAUAUAAAUGCAUCGGUAGCUGUAUGUUACUAACUGCACCAGUUCUAUGGAACUGGCUAUUGUGGCUACAUUGUAACCCUUGUUGGGAAUUCUCACACCCGUACUUUAUAACUGUUGAGCGCCCCUUUUGGGUCCAAGGGUCUAAGUAAACAUCUGAUUACCGAAUAGUAUACAAUUGUAUUGUCUAUUUUCUACUAGCAUGCCGCUGGAUAAAAAACAGACGCACAGCGGGGCACGCGACAGCCCCCCUCAGUCGGAGGAGUCAGAAAGCGGCUGGUCAGGAGAUGACGAUGAGUUUGACUGCUACGAAAGCGUGGACGACCGACCGCAACAGGUUGAUGACCGUCUUUUCAUCGGCUCAAUGGCAGCUGAGCACAACUUGGAGGGCAUGCGGGCCGCGGGGAUAACACAUGUACUGCAGGUUGCGGAGGGGCUGUCCCCCUCCCACGCCUCCGAGGGCCUGAGCUACCGGUCCGUGCAGGUGGCGGACCUGCCGGGGGAGGAUCUGGUGGCGCACUUUGGCAGGUGCUUCGAGUUCAUAGCGGAGGCGCAUGGAGGGGGAGGCGGCGUGCUGGUCCACUGCGUGGCGGGGGUGUCCCGCUCCGCCACCGUGUGUAUGGGCUGGCUCAUGUGGCGGCACAAGGUGUCGGCAGAUGACGCCUUCCGCCGGGUGCACCGUGUCCGCCCCUGGGUGGCGCCCAACCCGGGGUUCAGGGAGCAGCUGGAGCGGUUCGGCAGGCUGGGCUGCGACCUCAGCAGGUGGACCGCAUGGCGUCACGUGUGGCGGGAGCGCGAGGAGCCGCUCACGUUGCUGCUGCGGGACCUGGAGGAGGAGGGGCGGGAGCUGGAGCGGGAGAGGGAGCGGC